ACUUGGCAGCGGAUCAUAGAUUGUGGUAUGUGAGGCACGAGAUGGACGAUUUGUGCGGCCUCGGUACCAGCGGCAACCACACGGACAGCCAAGAGCACAGCCGCUGGCGCUGUCACCUGGACCUCCUCAACACCGCCGUGUACUCCUGCUUCGCCUACCUCGCACUGCUCAUCCUGCUCUACCUGCGCUGCUCCAGCAUCAAGAAUGAAUGCCUCAGCAGCCGGAGGUUCGUUGGUCACUCACUACGCGCGCUGUUGUCACUCCUGCUGCUCCUCACUCAUGCUGCUGAGGUCUGCGCCGCUGUCCUCGGUGUCCGCGGCCUCCUUGCCGCAACCUCGGCCCUGCUAGCCUGGCCACCAGCUCUGCUGCUCUACUGUAAGGCCGAGGCCCGCUACCAGCCCAGGUACCUCCUCGUCACCUCCGUGUUCUGGCUGGCCUGUGGCCUCGCCCGCGCCGCCUCCCUGUACACCGCCCUCGACUCUGGACUAGGCACCUCUCAUGUUGUUCCCUUGACUGCUGGGACUGCCUCUCUACUCUGUCAUGCCUUGGCUGUUGUUGAUGUAGUCGCUGUCAUUUGUGAGACCCGACCUUUGAUGCGACCUUUAUAUGCCUCGCCAGCUGUUUUGGACUUCGGAGAUCGACAAUCAAAGCAGUUUCCUCUUAUUCUGAUGAGUUGUAUAAGUCCCACCCCUCAGGGUAUAGGGGUUGUUAUUAGUGAGCUGAAGCAGAAUGGAGUGAAGAGGGAUGAUGAGGUGAUGGGAGAGGUUGGGGAAAUGUACAGCCACCACAGCGCCCAGUGGUUCUCCCAGGUCACCUUCUACUGGCUGGUGCCACUCCUGAGGGCUGGGUACUCCCAUCCUCUUGAGCUGGAGGACCUAGGAAUCCUUCAUCCCAACGAGACAGCUGCUAAUCAGUUCAGUCUGUUUAACUCCGUCUACCAAAGGGCUAAGGCUACAGGGGGCCAUCCUGUGAGGUUGUGGGGUUGUUACAUGAGGUGCUACUGGACAAACUUUGUCCUGGGAGGACUACUCAAGCUGCUCGGUGACUGUGUUGGCUUCAUCCCUCCUCUCGGCAUUGCUGUCGUAAUCAACUACAUCUCUGCAAAAGAUAACAUCACUCAUCCAGAGCCCCAUGAUGUGACAGUGGAGGAGUUACUGGGUAAUGGCUAUGUGAUGGCUGCUGUGGUACUGGUCAGUGUAAUGGCACAAGGCAGCUUCUCUCAGGCCAGCACUCACAUAGUCAAUGUAGAAGGCAUCCGGCUCAAGACAGCUUUACAGGCAUUAGUCUAUGACAAGGCCCUGAAGUUACGCAGCCUAUGCAAAGAGGAUGACUCAGCCCAGGAGAGCAGGACGGGCAACUUGACAAACCUCAUGUCCGAGGACACCUUUAACAUCAUGUCCUGCUACUGGAUAGGCCACUAUGUCUGGGCCAUCCCUCUCAAGAUUGGUAUCCUGAUGUACUUGCUUUAUUGCAAGUUGGGCAUCAGUGCCAUUAUUGGGGCCACCUGCUGCAUCCUCAUCUUGACACCUCUCCAAUUUCUUGUGGGAAAGAAGAUGUCUGUUAACUCUAAAGAUAUAUCAGACUGGAGUGACGAGCGUCUGCGGCAGACCAACGAGGUGCUGCAGGGGAUCAGACUGAUCAAACUGUGCGGCUGGGAGACUGAGUUCACCAACAGGAUCCUCACCACACGGCAAAAGGAACUUGAGUUUCUGAACAAGGACUCUCUGUACUGGGCGCUCAUGACGUUCCUGACUCACACGUCCUCUGCCCUCAUCACUCUUGUCACCUUGGCAGCGUUCUAUUGGCUGGAAGGCUCACAUCUCUCUGCCGCUGAUGUCUUUACUGGCCUUGCACUCUUCAACCAACUGACUGUGCCUCUUUUUAUUUUCCCUAUAACAGUUCCUAUUAUAAUACAAGCAUUGGUCAGUACAAGAAGACUAGAGGAGUUUCUUGAUCUUCCCGAGAGUCGGCCUUUCACUCCUGUAGAUGAACAUCAAGUAAAGCAAGUUGAUGUAAGACCAGUCAUGACACGUCAGCCAGAACCUGAUGUGGUUGAAACAAGUAGAGCCAGUAGAGCAGAUAGUGUGUUCGGUUUGGGCAACAUCACGGAGCUGGAUGAACCUGACGAAGAUUGUGAUGAGAUUGAACCAGAUUUUGACAGAUUCAUGCCCGUAGUAGCCAUUGAAGCUGCCACAUUCAGCUGGGCAGCGCAAGAAGAGGCAACUCUGGUCAUCCCCUCCCUUCACUUCCCUCGAGGUAAACUGACUAUGAUAGUUGGUAGCACUGGCAGUGGUAAGAGUUCUUUGCUCUGCGCCAUGUUAGGAGAAAUACCUUGCAUUAAGGGAGCUGUUAGAUGGACUAAAGGCUGCAGUAUAGCGUAUGUUUCUCAGAAGCCCUGGCUGCUCAACUGUAGCUUGCGAGACAACAUUUUGUUUGGCCGGCCUUACCGCAGCAGACGAUACAACAGAGUCAUUGCAGCCACAGCUCUGCAGCCAGACAUAGACAUUCUACCUGGGAAGGACAUGACAGACAUCGGGGAACGAGGCAUCAACCUCUCCGGAGGGCAAAGGCAACGAGUGGUCAUAGCUAGAGCUCUCUACUCCCGAGCCAAUGUUGUCAUCAUGGACGAUCCUCUGUCUGCCUUGGACCAACAAGUAGCCCAGCAAGUGUUUGAGGAAGGCAUCAGACGACUGGUAAUCAAAGAGAAGAGGAGUGUAGUGAUGGUGACCCACUGUGUUCAGCUCAUCUCCCUUGCUCAUCAGGUGGUGGUGAUAGACAAAGGUCGGGUGAAGGCGUGUGGGUCGCCAGCAGAGCUAGAGAGGGCAGGAGUGACUGUCCUCGGCCGCUCACUGGGGGAGACUCACAAGGGCCGUACAGCUCGUGAGAGGUGGCAGCUCAUCAAACUGGUGUCUCGCAUUGGCUUACAGCUCAAACAACGCAACCUGGCUGACGGAACAUGGCACGCUGAUCAUAUUACACCUCCAAUAUUUGUGCCGUUCCGCCGCAGACUAAGUAAGUUCUCUGGCUCCCGAUACUUUACGCAUGAUCUGCCGCUGCCGACUGACGAGUGUGAUGGGGAGGAUGUAGUAUUACGUCGACGUCGAGCUGCUUCCACCACUUCUCUACCUCAGCGACGCGCCGUAACACGCACAUCGUCCCUACAGACACCGACGUCACACUACAUCUACCCUGUCAAGCGCCAGGCUUCAUCUCCCACCAUCAACAAUGUUCCUAGGACCAGAACGUAUACGUUUGACAUAUCAUCAUCAUCAUCAGCUUCCGAACGACACCCAAGUGCAAGUGGAAGCGGCUUAUUAAGGCAAUUGUUUUCAAUGUCAACACAAAGAAACUUACCUUCAGUUGCUGACACCACAGUCAGGGAACACACUCUCUUGAGAAGACUUAUAUCAACAUCUUCUGUUAAAUCAGCUACCAUUGUGGAGGCUGAACGGCCGCCUCUACACCGCUUGUCCUCAACUACCUCAGACUGCAGUGAUGACUUCCUUGAUGAGGACGAGACUUUAGAGACUGUUGAGUGGGGCCAGGGUGGCGGAGCCCGGGAGGAGAGAGAGUAUGGUCAGAUACAGCGACGCAUCUACCUGUCAUACCUGCAGGCUUGCGGAGCCUUGGCGGGGGCCACAUAUCUACUGGCUACAGUCUCGUGGCAGGGGCUACGUGUGGGAACUGACUACUGGCUCAGCAAGUGGACUGAGGAGUCAUCCAGCAAGAUGUUGUACUACCUGGUGGUGUACGGUGUGCUCUCUGUGGCUUCUAUCCUCCUGUCCCUAGCUACCAAUGGCCUGGGCCAGUACUGUGGGGCCAGAGCUCGCCAACGUCUACAUGACUCCAUGCUAGAUGGUCUGCUGAGCUGCCCUGUCCGCUUCUUUGAGACAACACCUCUGGGACGCAUCAUGAACAGAUUCUCCACUGAUCUGGGCAUCAUUGACAAAAAAAUAGCAACAUCUUUGCAAAGACUGCUGCAGUUCCUACUGUUGUGCUUCUCUGCAAUUCUUGUCAACUGUAUUGUUACUCCGUGGUUCAUCGUGCUUGCUCUUCCCAUCUGUCUUGUCUACUAUACUGUCCAAAAGUUUUAUAGAAGCUCAACCAGGGAGCUGCAGAGGCUGGAUAGCAUUUCUCGGACCCCGAUACUGUCCCACUUUGCAGAGACUCUGUCCGGCCUAGAGACCAUAAGAGCGUUUGGUCAGCAGCAAAGGUUUGCUGCUGUGUUGUUUCACAGACUUGAUAUCCACACCAACGUCUUCCUGCUCGGGAAUUCAUGCAACCGCUGGCUUGGAAUCGCUUUGGACUACCUUGGUGGGCUGAUAGUGUUCAUCACAAUGAUCACAUCUCUAGUGUCUGCAGCUCUGUUCUCCAAUGUUGUCAGUCCAGCACUGGUGGGACUGGCUAUCAACUAUACCCUUCUUGUGCCCAUCUAUCUCAACUGGGUCGUCAAGUUUUUGGCAGACAUGGAAAUGUAUAUGGGUUCAGUUGAGCGAGUCACCCAGUAUGCCAGCGCUCCUUCUGAGGAUUAUAGACAUUCCAGAUUUGUUCCCAAAAAUUGGCCAACGAGUGGAGAUAUAAAAUUCCAAAACGUUUCUCUUCAGUAUGACUCUAAUCGGGUCAUCACAAAUUUGACUCUUCAUAUACCUGCUGGACAAAAGGUAGGGAUCUGUGGUAGAACAGGCAGUGGCAAGUCCUCUCUGGUCAUGUCAUUGUUCCACAUGGUGCCUAUAUGUGAGGGAGCCAUCUACAUUGAUGAUGUCGACAUCGCAACUCUUCCUCUCAAAGUUGUACGUUCCCGUCUCUCCAUUAUUCCACAGGAUGUCAUCAUGUUCAGUGGAACCAUCAGACAGAACCUAGAUCUGAAAGGUCAGUUCACGGACGCUGAACUCUGGCAGAGUCUGGAAGUAGCACAGAUGAAAGAUGUUGUCGCUAAUGAUCUCGGAGGACUUGAUGGGCCAGUGAGAGAGGGAGGUAGCAACCUAAGCUGUGGUCAACGUCAGCUGAUGUGUCUGGCACGAGCUGUGCUGCAUCGAGCAGCACUACUGGUCAUGGACGAGGCUACCAGCUGUCUGGACCCUGUGACUGAGGCUAGGCUGCUACAAGUUGCAACACAAGCCUUCGCCGACCGCACAGUCAUCACAAUAGCGCAUCGAGUAUCAGGUCUGCUGGGAUGUGACCGGGUGCUGGUGUUGGACCGAGGCAGAGUUGUGGAGGAUGCUAGUCCUGCAGAGCUACUGAACCACAAGAUGGGACUGUUCUCAUCAAUGCUUCGCAAGAGUGAGGACCCAUUGUAACACUUCAUAUGACAAAGUGCUUUCACAUUGCCUAAUGUACAAACUAUUAGAGUUACCAAAACAUGUUUCUAUUACUUUUAAAUUUUACUUAUAAUUAAGUCUUUGUCUCAGGGAAAUAUAGUAUUUUUGUAUUACCGUUUAACAUCCGAACUUAGUACAGUAUAAACACAAUAUUAUACAUAUUCUUAGUUGAAUUUGUUAGAAAACAGUUGUGCUUUGACUGUUUGGUGAUAUAUAGCCGCAUUUACAUGAUGCGUAGGUGGCCAGGUUAAAUACCUCAGGUAACUUGAAAUACAUUGUGGCAGUUAGGUACUCGCAUAAAUGCAGCCAAUAUGCUUGGUUCUUUCGCACAUAUUUUUAAUCCCUAAACUGCACAUAACAUUUUAUAAAAGGUAAAUGAAAAUCAUCUAUAAUGACAUAUGAAUGAAAUAAUGUAGUAAUUGACAUUACAAAAUGUAUAUUUGGUCAGUCCC